AUGGUCUCUUUCGCUUUCUUUUCCGCACCGUCACUCAUUACCAUUUUCCUUUUCUUGAAUGUUUUGUUCGUACAAUAUGCCGACUCUCUUGCCAGUACAGACACCAUUACAUGGGGUGGAUCAAACGACCGAACCGGCUACCAGAACAACCACAACAUGGAUCCCGCUGUCGUUGGCAGUGCUCAAUUCGGGCUCCUCUUCAAGACCCUUCUCCCCGGAGCAUAUCCCAUCAAUGGCCAGAACGUCCCCGAACAGAUAUUCUCUCAGCCGCUGGUCUAUACUGGCUCGGAUGGUGUUCAAUAUGUCUAUGUUGCAACAACCCAGAACAAUGUGUACAAAAUAGUUGCAAACACUGGUGUCAUCGUUGCAUCUCGGAACCUCCAUCGCCCAUUCCUGGUCAGCGAUCUGGACGGAUGCGUGGAUAUCAAUCCGACCGUUGGUGUGACGGCAACAGGUGUCAUUGAUCCAGAUACGGAUACAUGGUAUAUGACGUCCAAGACGUACAUUGAUCAAAGUCUUACGGGAGCGACUGGCCGCCCGAAUGGUCGCUAUUACGUUCACGCCAUCAGCACCGUUGACCUCUCCGAAAGACCUAAUUUUCCAGUCAACCUCGAGGGAAUGGUGGCUCGAAACAAUCCCGUUCGAUCAUUCAAUGGUGGGAUUCAUCAUCAACGUCCUGGUUUGCUUCACACAGGUGACUAUGUGUACGCCGGUUUUGCUAGCCAUUGUGUCCAGUACAACUUCACCGGCUGGAUUGUAGGCUGGCACAAGAGCACCGGACAGCUCGUGGAAAGAUUUGCGACCGAAGGUGCUGGAGUCGGCCCUGACGUUCCAGGAGCGGGUGUGUGGAUGUCUGGUGGUGGUCUUGCGAGCGACGACAAAGGCUCUAUGUUCUUCGCUUCCGGCAAUGGUUAUGCUUCUCAGCUCAACGGGAUACCGGUCAAUGGCAGAAAUCCACCAACGUCACUGGAAGAAGCUGCCGUCCACAUGGCAAUCAACGACGAUGGUUCUCUGACCGUCGUCGACUUUUUCAUGCCCUGGGAAAAAACACAACUUGAUGGUGCUGACAAAGAUCUCGGGACAUCGCCAUUGGAACUCCUCCCGAGUCAAUUCUCCUGUGGCGACGUCCAACGCAUCGGUGUCGUUACCGGAAAGAGCGGAAAGACCUAUUGGCUCAAUCUCGACAACCUCGGAGGCUAUCAAAAUGGACCGAACAAGCUGGACAACGUGAUUCAAGUCUAUCAGAACGAAAACUCGGUCUAUGCUGGAGCUGGUGUUUACCCACUCGAAGGUGGUUAUAUCUACAUCAAUGUCAUCCAGUAUCAGACUCACGUGUUCAAAUUCUCCUGCAACGAUGGCGUGCCAUAUUUCAACAAGGUGGCAGAUUCCCCCGAAAAGAAUGCCUACAUCCUCGGCGUCGGCCACGGGACUGUCACUUCGCUCAAUGAUCAGCCUGGAACCGGCUUGGUGUGGACGUCGGAUGUCGAAGGGUCUAACCUUCGAAUUUACAACGCCAUCCCCGGCGAGAAUGGACUCAUGACGGAAAUCAACUCGUUUGUCACACCAGGAACCACCAAGUUCACCAGACCAGUCUUUGGAAAUGGCAUUGUCUACCAGGGCACCACAGUUGGCUAUCUGUAUGCUUACGGGGCGCCUGUCAAUUUGCCCCUGAACUGUACAGGUCUUCAAUUUGGGACAGCUAAUCUCAACACAACCACAGCGCCAAUGAUUGUGCAAUGUACAGCCAACACUGCGGUAACAGUCACCGCUGCCAGUCUUUCAGGAAAUCCAAACUUCGCUAUUGGAGGGUUGCCCACCUUCCCUCUGACAGUCGCUCAAGGGCAAUCGUUUUCAUUUCAAGCGACCUUCACCCCGCAAACCGUUGGCCCACUGUCUUCCUCAGUGAUCUUGAAUACAACUCAGCAAGCUACCGGCUUCAGCAUCAACACCCCUGUCCAGCUCAAAGGAACUGGCCAGAGUCAGGCUGCUCUGCUAAUGGUCACUCCAAACACUGUCAGCUGGAACGGUGUCAUUACUGGACAGCAGGCCGGCGGAGUCAACCAAUCUGUGGUCAUCAGCAAUCUUGGAAACAGUCCUCUAUCUAUCAGCAAUAUUAUGUAUUCCAUUGUUGGCGAGACUGGACCCUGGAUCUCGCCUAAUGGCACGCAAGCAGCAACCGUGGUUUCAGCUUUCACAUUCUACAAUAUGCCUUCGUCAGUUCCUCCUAACAGCGCUGUCACCGUCCCGAUCAACUUCAACCCUCCAUCCUCCGGCAACUACGUCGCAUUCGUUCAAUUUGUGUCCAACGGCGGCACCAAAGUGAUUGACGUCCUUGCAGCCGGGUCAGAUCAACCGAAUGCUGUCCUCGAGUUCCAGAGCCUUGACGGGGGAUGGGUUUCAUACGACAAUACUACCGCCUUCACUUUUGGCAACGUCACGGAGAACACCAGUAGGUAUCUGAAGAUGCGUUUGACCAACAACGGCUCUGCUAACGCAGCGGCACUGUCCGUGACUGUCAGCAAGCCUCCUUUCGGUAUUGCUGGAAGCAUCAUCGGCGCCAACAACCAGGUCGACCUUGCAGAGGGCACCCUGGUCUACGCGGGACAAAAUCUCACCGCGACUCUCUUCUGCUCGGUCCCAAAGAGUCAAAUCAAUGUCGACCCUUACAAUGGCACUGCGCAAUGGACCAUGAAUCUGAACGAUCCGAAUUUUGGGAAGCAGCACAUCCAAUUCUUCUGCAAUGCGGUGUCGGAACAAGCACCUCCAUUGGACCCGGUCACCCAGCAAGGCAUCUACAGAUACGGAGGCUGCUUCAAGGAGAAUAAUCCAGGCCGACAACUUCAGACUGCCAUCUACAGUGGGGCCAACAACACUAAUGAGCAGUGCAUUUCCUUGUGCUCAGCAGCUGGGUACAUCUUCGCUGGCACACAAUAUGAGCAGGAGUGCUGGUGUGGCUACAAUCGACCGAAGACAGUGGUAGAUGACGCCAAUUGCAACUUUGGAUGCACCGGCAACGUCAAUGAGAUAUGUGGAGGCAACGGCAUCGAUGGGGCUGGCUCAUAUAUCUCCCUCUUCGGCGACAUCACGCGGUGGAACGGCAAUUCUACCGACGCCCCGGGUCCAUAUGUCAAUCCUGGCACUCUAGGAUACAAUAGCUUGGGCUGCUACACCGAAGGAUCCAACUCUCGAGCACUGAGUGUGCAGCCCAACGCAAACAACACUGUGGCUUCUUGUCUCCAAGCUUGUCAAGGCUAUUUGUACUCUGGUGUCGAAUACGGUGGGCAGUGCUUUUGUGGAAAUACAUUGGCAGCAGGCUCCGUGAAUGCCAGUGCAUCCGAUUGCGGCAUGACCUGCAACAACAACCAGACGGAAUACUGUGGAGGUCCGAGCCGUCUCAACAUGUACAUCUAUGGCAACGGCACCCUUCCGAAUACGCCGCCUUCAACCGGUGGAGGAAACAACAAUCCCACUCCGCCGUCGGGUCCAACAAUUCCGCCGACAAUUGGCAAUUUCACCUACCAGUCUUGCUACACUGAAAUCCCAGGCCGCGCACUCGGUGCCUUUGCGCUUGCCGACAACAGCAUUACCUUGCAGACAUGCGCCAGCAACUGUACACAGUAUCAGUAUUUCGGUGUCGAGUACGGGCGGGAAUGCUAUUGCGGGAACAUCUUGGGCUCAGGUAGCGCUCCAGCGACUGACGGACGUUGCAACAUGGCAUGUUCAGGCAACGCCAGCUUCACCUGCGGAGGACCAAAUGGGUUGACUCUGUAUCAAAAUGUGAACUGGACCGCUUCUUCUACUCCUCCACCGCCAUCAAACCCGACGGGCCCAAGCAUUGUCCCCAGCGCCGGUAACUUCCAGUAUGUCGACUGCCACACGGAAAUCCCUGGUCGUGCUUUGGCGGGCAAGGCAAUCGCCUCAAACGGCAUGACGGUGCAAUAUUGUGCCGGAAACUGCACCGGUUUUACGUACUUCGCCGUCGAAUACGGUCAAGAGUGUUACUGUGGGAACAGCCUGGGCGCUGGCUCCGUUACAGCUACAGAUGGACGAUGCUCCAUGACUUGUGCUGGCAACUCGUCAACCAUUUGCGGUGGGCCGAACGGCCUAAGCCUGUACCAGUACGUUGCGCCUUCAAGUUCGAGUUCAAGUUCGAGUUCAAGUUCGAGCGUGACGAGGACUACCACACUGAUCACAUCGACUAUUGCACCUUCGACCUUGGUGGCAUCGACAAGUGCAUCCACGUUUUCCACCUCCUCGGUUCAGUCUGCGACGUUGUCAUUUAGCAGGACUUUGGUCUCGAGUUUGAGCCAAUCGUCUUCGAGUACUGUAUUCAAUACCACCGUUUCGACACGGUCUCUGAGCUCGUCAACGACGUCGGGAUUCUCUUCGACCUUGUCAACAACUACACGCUCGGCCUCGUCGUUGACCACUCUUGGCCCUACAAGUUCGAGCACUUCUACGACCUCGAUCCGAAGCAGUACUAACUCUGCGUCGCCAACAACCUCGUCAAUUUCACCUGGCUCAUUUUCCUUCUCCUCGAGCACUACAACCGCAUCCAAAACCACAACUUCUGCGGGUUUAGCAACUUCUUCAUCACCGGCUUCGCCUUCAACAACUUCAGUCACGUCGUCUGGAACCAGCUCCAGGACCUUGUCCUCAGCGAGUGCGAGCACGAGCACGAGCACGAGCACGAGCACGUCUAAGUCCGGGCUAUCUUCAAGCAGUACUGGCUUUACUACUAGCCUCCUGCCUCUUUCCUCGGCGACUAGUAGUGCUACAGUCUCUUCAAGCUCAACUUCUGCAGCCACGAGCCAAACUGGCCUUUCGACUCUGACAACAACCCGCUUGACCACCUUCUCCACUUCAUCAAGCUCCAGCACGAGAACAUCUACCACAAGCACCUCUACGUCCUCGGUGCCAUCGAACCCGUUCUUCCCGGCCGUCUAUCUCGGCUGUGCCCCUGAGCUCCCCAACGGACGCCUCCUCUCCGUCGCCUCCACAUCAAACUCUGCAAUGACCAUAUCCUCCUGCAUUUCGUUCUGCUCGGCCCAGAACCUGCCCCUCGCAGGCCUGGAGUACUCCAGGGAAUGCUACUGCGGGUACACUCUCGCGCCCUCCACGGCCGUGAACGCUACGGGAUGUAACAUGCCGUGCGCGGGCAAUGCGCAGCAGACGUGCGGUGGGCCCAGUCGGCUGAGUGUCUACAACAAUACUUCGCUGUCUCCUCCCGGCGCGAAGGCCACCAUAGCGGGCUAUACCCACCAGGGAUGCUUUACAGAUCCCUCCGCCUCCCAGCGCACUCUGCAAGGCUACAGCACCUCCAACGCCACCUCCAUGACGCAGGAAUUCUGCAUCUCGGCCUGCCAAACCAGAGGGUACAAGUACGCAGGCGUGGAGUAUAGCAGGGAAUGUUAUUGCUCGAAUCAACUCGGCAUCGUGAGCAACGGGGGCAAAGGGUCGCAGGCAUCAGAGGGUGAUUGUUCCAUGUUGUGCGUCGGCGAUGAACAAGAGUUCUGUGGCGGGAGUGCGAGAAUCGGUGUCUGGAUGAGUGGUCCUUGAUGAGGACGUGACGGUUUUCUUUUUCUUAGACAAUUCCUCUCUCGGCCAUGCGGCAGAUGUGGCGUUUCCUUUGUUUUCCCCGUGUGUUGUUGACAAGAGAAGAAGGCAUGUCAGGG